AUGCCUGAGGCCUGGGCCGACAUCAUCAAGGGCAAGGACUGGUGCCCAAGUCAAGAGGAGGCUGCCCUGGCCUGGAUCGCGGCGAACUACCUGCGGGGCAGCUUCGAAGUCAACGCCGAUGUCCCGUCCAUGGGCGUGAUCGAGAUGGGCGGUGGGUCAACUCAGGUGACCUUCGAAGUGCAGCCAGACGAGUUCGAGCGUGUUGCCGAAGUGGACCAGUUUCAGUUCAAAACAGGGAUGGGUCGAGUGUACUCCCUGUACGCCCACAGCUACCUGGGAUUCGGUCAGGAUUACGCCCAAUCCAAGCUGCAAGACACCAUGGGGGACGGAGAAAGUUCCGACCCUUGUUACCCCAUCGGCUACACGCGCGUCAAGAGCAAUGGCGCUCGGCACAACGGUAGCGGUGAUUCCACGCAGUGCCGGACCAACAUUCGCUCCCUUCUGUUUCAGGAAGGAAGUGCCCCUGGGCGCUACGAGCACGAGCUCCCUGUCCGUGGCCGGUUUGCAGCGACUGAGAACUUCUAUUACGUUCGGAAUGACCUGCAGCUGCCGGACAAGGAAGGCGUCUGCCCCACCGAGGCGGAAGCGAAGGCAGUUUGCGGCAAAAGCCUCCAAGACUCUGCCGGAGACCGCGCCUGCUUCGCGCUUUCGUACCAGUUGGCUUUUCUUGGGGCCCUGAAGGCGGUCGACGUCCCAGGCAUCGAGAUUGAGGUACAGCGAAAGAUCAAUGGAGGCGACAUCGACUGGGCCUUGGGAGCUGCAUUGGCCCACUUGCUCAGCACUCCACGCGUGGAACCUCAAGGCUUCUCCAUGACGAUGUCCGCUGUGCUGACACUGGUGAUGGCUUUGGCUCUGUUGGCGGCAGCCUUCUCGCUUGUUUGCAGACCCAGCGGCAUGGUCAAGGGCUAUGAGUCUCCGACCAUAUUCGGUACGAAGAGCACGGGGCUUGAGUGA